UCGUGUAUCAAAGCCAAUACUGAAAUACGCAUUUUACCUGUAAAAUCGCGACCAAAAUAAGUUGGCUCUACUGUGACGUCAGAGGGCGUAUUGUUGCUGUUUGUUUGUUGCUUCUCCGACUGGCGUUAGUGCCUUCCUAGACGCAGAUCCAAGGUGUGAAUUUGUGACUAUGCGUUGUGAUUAGGAAUAGUUGUGUAGCACCGAUGCAGCUCAAAUUAUCUCCUGUAUAUUUUAUGUUAAGAAAUAGCUGACAUGGCGUCGUCGGCCAACAACGACGGGAGCAGCCAAGGCGGCCAAGGAACGGAGAGCCGGGCCCCCAAUGUCUCUGAUGAGGCUAAGAAUGAGGCUUUAUUCUGGGAAAAUGUAUCGCUGAAAACAAAGAUUACAUUACCUUCAUCCAUUGUGGCACUCCUCAAGCAUCUAGGAUUUGACAAUGAGACAGCUCUCCGAGCUUUCACUAAAGAAAAGAUAGAGGAAAUGGAAAACUUUAUGCGGAAGUUCUCAAAAGUGAGUAUGCAUGGCAUGGUGCCAUCAGCACCUCAGAAGCAAUAUUUUUAUCCAAAGAAGUUUGUUUAUUAUUAUUUUGUACAAUACAUCCUGCAUGUGUUAUUUUACUUUAUUCAGAAAUUUCUAUUCUUAUCUUGAAAACGUAUCGGAACAUCAAACUUGUCAUCGGAUGAAUGAUUCCCAAACUGUCCACGCAACCAUUUCAAAGAAGCUUGCGCCCAGACCCUUAACGAUAUCAGUCAUUUUAAAAAAUUGGGCUUGGAGCCGUUUAAUUUUGUAGCCCUUCUCAAAACUACCCCGAUA